AUGGUGGACUUGUUCAGCGGGCGGAUCCUGGUGAACCUGGAGGGCGGCUUCGUGGAUCCCGAGCAGGCUUUGGAGAACAAAAUCGUGGGCUUGUACUUUUCGGCCGCCUGGUGCUCCCUCUGCAGGGACUUUACCCCGACGCUGUGCGAUUUCUACAGCGCGUUGGUGGAUGUCGUCGAUAAUCCGGCCCCUUUACGGAUCGUCUUCAUCUCGUCCGACCGCAGCCGGGAAGAAAUGGCGAGCUUUAUGUACAAGAUGCACCCGGGCUGGCUGGCCUUGCCCUUCCACGACCCCCUGAAGCAUGAACUGAAGAAGAAAUAUAACAUAACAGCCAUUCCCAAACUUGUGAUUGUUAAACAAACUGGAGAAGUCAUUACUGAUAAAGGGAGAAAGCAGAUUCACGAGAGAGGGCUCAACUGCUUUCAAAACUGGCUUGACGGAGCUGAUAUUUUUCAGAAUUUUUGUACUUGAACCAAAAUAGUAUUUGCAGACUUGAACAAAACAAAAUCUUUGCUAUCUACAACUAGACUAAGAGUGAAAAUUACAUUCUCCUUUUUUUAAUGUUGACCUGCUUAAUUUUGAAUCCUACAUGGCUGGAAUAAUUAGACAUAUCUGAGUCGUUCAUAAUUCUCCCUU